AUGUCAUCGCUCCAGGAUGUCCCAGGACGUGGCCAGCUCUGGGCACGGAGAUCGGGGUGCUCCCGCCCGGUUCCUCCAGCUCCCGCCGUCCCAGGAGCGGGCUUCACCUCUGAACAGAUCGAGCACCUGCACCGGCGAUUCAAGCAGCUGAGCCGGGACCAGCUGACAAUCCGCAAGGAGAAUUUUGACAGCAUCCCCGAUCUGGAAUUCAACCCAAUUAGGGGGAAAAUCGUCCAUGCCUUUUUCGACAAGCGGAACCUGCGGCAGGAGUCAGAUGGGCUGGCGGAUGAGAUAAACUUUGAAGACUUCCUGACCAUCAUGUCCUACUUCAGACCCAUCGAGAUGAACAUGGACGAGGAGCAGCUCGAUCGCUUCCGGAAAGAGAAACUCAAAUUCCUCUUCCACAUGUACGACUCGGACCAUGACGGGAAGAUCACGCUGCAGGAGUACAGAAAUGUGGUGGAGGAGCUGCUGUCGGGGAACCCCCACCUGGAGAAGGAGUCGGCGCGGUCCAUCGCCGACGGGGCCAUGAUGGAGGCAGCCAGCAUCUGUGUGGGACAAAUGGGGCCGGACCAGGUGUAUGAGGGCAUCACCUUCGAAGACUUCCUUAAGAUGUGGCAGGGGAUUGACAUUGAAACCAAGAUGCAUGUCCGCUUCCUCAACAUGGAGACCAUCGCACACUGCUACUGACCUCUGACUCCCAGGAGGGAGCCAGAGGAGGAGGA